GUGGCUUUCUCUACUGCUUGACUGCCUGUGAACUUAAAUAAACUGAUUGAUUACAAGGAAAGAGACUGCACUCAAAACAGUACCUGGGAGAAAUUAGAAGACUAUUUUCCCACUCAAAGGAAUCACCACCUUUAGUUUAGAAGCAACAGCACAAGGAAAGAACAAAAGUCUGAUGACCAAUGGCUUAUAUUUCCUGAAUCAUCUGCACUACUUUCAGCUGGACCACCUGUUUAACUUUUUCCUGUUAUCCAAAAAGUUUGGUAAAAUAGAAAAAUGAACCAGACAGAAGCUGGAUUUCCAUUCUCAAACAGUAGUGACUCAAUAAUUAGGAUCUUGGGUUGCUGUACCCAAGCUUCUGUUGUAACAGACGAUGGGUUUGAUGUGUCCUCUCCUGACGAGAGAAACCUUUUCAUCAUGAGAGUGGUUCAGAUCGCAGUGAUGUGUGUUCUGUCCCUCACUGUAGUUUUUGGCAUCUUCUUUCUUGGGUGUAAUCUCCUUAUCAAAUCUGAAGGGAUGAUAAACUUUCUCGUUAAGGAAAGAAGACCAUCCAAAGAAAUCGAAGCAGUGAUUGAUGGACCUUACUGAGGGGAAUCGAGUAAAUUUUGGUAACAACACAAGCCUGAUGAUAUCCCAAAGGAGGUAUCUUUAACGAUGCAUUUUGCCUUUCGUUCUUUCGUUUCUAACGAUGCAUUUUGCCUUUCGUUUCUAUGUGAAAUCUAUCGAAUAAAAAUAUAAACCAAUCAUGGAUGGAGAAAGAUUUGACAGUGCCAGAAAAUCCAAGACAGGACAAAAAAUUUAGCUUUUCUUCUUUUCUUUGCUUAAAAAGUUCCUCUGAAAUGUUCCAAGUGCUUCUAACAGAACAAUGCAAUUAAUCUUGAAACAAACACACAUACAGCACUUUAAAAAAAUGGUAGGGGGAUCACUACACACAUCCUUUAUUUAUUGCCCAAAGCAGAAUUUGUAAGAAUGUAUCGUAUCGUAUAGUAUAAAGCACAGACAAAAAAAAUCUUAAUUUUUAGUUUCUUGCUGGAAGGAAAAUAACUUGCAGUUCUUUGAUUGUAAUAUUUUUUAUUGAUAUUGUAAUGGUUUUCUUUAAACAAAGCAUACUUUGAUACGGAUACCGUAACCUUUGAUGACUCCAAGGCAUUAUUUAUUCAUGUUAAGCUUGGACUAUUAAAUAUUGUUUUUAUUAUACAUCUCUUACGUAUGAUAAUGGAAACUGUGAAUGUUUGCAAAAUCUUUGCAGUAUGGCAUUUUGUACACUUGAUCUAAUUUAUAUGGUUCCUGUAACUGUUUUUUGAGCCUCGGUUCAGCCUGUCUGUCUCAAUUUACUCAUUACUGGUUUACAAAACACCCUGACAAAUGGAAGGAAGCUUUUUACAUUUGGGUUUCCCAAUAAGUAGGAAAACCUAAUUUGUGGUUUACUGUUACAGUUUGGUUUAAAAGCAACAACGACAACACCGCUCAUUAUAGUAAUACGAUUAUAUGAAAUGCUAACUCGGAGGAGACACUGAAUUAAAAAUAGGGAAAUAUCACUUUCCUACUAAUGAAUUACCUGUUAAUAAACAUAUUAAUAUAUUUACAAACGAUUUGUGCCUAAAAUACACGUCAACCUUUACAAUCACCAAAGGGUAAAGCUUGUUGUUUUUGUAUAUAUGAUGCAUGAAUCCAUACGUAGCAAAUCAUGCCAUUUUUUACUUUUAUUAUAAUUAUUUGUAGUAUCGGUUUCAGAGAAAUUAAUAUUUGCAGAGAGAACACCUAGUUAAUAAUAUGUAUGUUAUGUUUAACCCCUUAACGACUGACCACUACGCAUUGCUAUCAUCUCAAUCUGGUCCCUAAUUACCUGAUGUCAUCAUAAAGGUUUUUUGGUUUUUUUUUUUAAAGCUUUUGCAGUUCCAUCAUGGACAACAACUGCAGAUAUGUGGGGUCAUUCUAUUGUGGAACGAGAUUUUUAACCCCUUAAGGACCAAACUUCUGGAAUAAAAGGGAAUCGUGACAUGUCACACAUGUCAUGUGUCCUCAAGGGGUUAAUGAGCAAAUUGUUACGGUAGCAGUGAUUGUCAUGGUUGAGUUUUGAAAGGGUUAAUUUAUGACACUGACUGAAAAUUAGCUUAUUCACUCCACCAUGGGUUGAGUGAUUUUCAGACUCAUUAUGCUUUAUUUUAAUUUUUGUAAGGUCACUUGUCAAAUUACUGCUAUUCACUAUUAAGUGAUUAGACCCCAGGGAAGAAAAUUGCAGCAGGCUGAGAUGUAAAAGGUUAAUGCAAUGUAUGAUCAUGACCAACAAAUACAAUCUUUUCUUUUAGUAAUACAGCAUAAGGUUUAUUGCACAUAGCAUAAAAUUCCAAAUGUCAAAUUUAAUGUAAAAAGCAGAAUUAUAGUUAUAUGACUAUUUGGGUAAAUUCUGUAAAUGAUCUCCGAGAUGGAAAAAUUAACAGAAAUCAAUUACUUUAAAACUGAGAUGGAAAAUCUAGCUUUCAUCAGUUACCAUAAACUAUUAAUCACUAACAACAGGUGCAAUUUAGAUAUAAAAACAAACUGGUAAGGAACAAGUAUUAUUUAUGUACAUAACAUUAGCCAGUUUCCUGGUUAAGAGCUGGAAAUUUUCCAUGCAUACAUUUAAAAAACAGAUCUCCUAAAAAUGGAAAUAUAAAUGACUUUAAUUAAAAUAAUUGCAUGUGUCAAGAUAGUUAUGAAUAUUAAAAAAAAUGCAUCACUCCGAAAAUCUGUAAUGCAAAUGAAUAAUCAAUAAAAAUGGGUUUACAGCUCUGCACAGAGAUGUAUCCUCAUAGCUGUGUACAACUGUUAUAUACUCAUGUUGUAAUAAUAUAAUAAAAAAAACGUAUCCUCACAUAUAACAUAUGGAAAAGUUAACAAAUGAAGCAGACUUCAUAUUUCUCAUUAUACAUAACAUGCAGAAGUUAAAACAGUUCAAUAAGUAUUGAUUGACUUGAAAUAUUUAUUUGAAAGAAAAAAUGUAAUACAAAUAAAUGAGUUGUAAUUUUUUUAUUAUUAUAUGGAAACUGUUAAAAGGAAAUAUACUUUUUGGGGCAUUUCAUAAAUAAACAUAAGUCCAUAAAAAAGUCAUGUAGUAAUGUUGUUUAUUAAAGCAUACAUGAGUUCUAGAUUGUAAGUAGAAUCUGUUUAUGUUGUGAGACAAUAUACUGCAAUGGUGAAAGUCAGCCACCAAUUUUAAAAGAAUAUGCCAUAUGGUAAUAUCUUAUAGAUUAAAGGGAUACUAUAGUCACCAGAACCAUUUCAGAUUAAUGUAGUGAUUCUAGUGUCUAUAGCAUGUCCCUGCAGGCUUUUCAACGUAAACACAGCCUUUUCAGAGAAAAAGCAGUGUUUACAUUGCUGUCUAGGGACACCUCCAUUGACAGUCUCUCAGACAGCCACUAGAGGUGCUUCCCAUUCCAGUGCUGCACAUUGUGCUACACUGACGUUCAGCGUCUCCAAGCUCUGCAUGAAGGCGCUGAACGUUCCCCAUAGAGAUGCAUUGCAUCGGUAUGAGGAGAUGCUGAUUGGCUCAGCACGAAAUUUGGCAAUGGGAAAGCAUUGGAUUGGCUUAGAUCAUCAAGAUUGAUCAUCUCCAUAGAGGUGAAGCCAGUCACCCAAACAGCCACAUCAGGACUAUUGUGUCAGGAAUACAUGUUUAUAUUCCUUACACUGUAGUGUAUCUUUAAGGAAUAGAAAAAUCAUUUUUUAUAUUAAAUUAGGCAUUGGGGUUUUUUUUCAAGAGCAAAUAUAUUGUGGGGCAAAGGUCUAGAAUGGAACAUUUAAUGGAAACAUUCCAGUGGUUGCCAUGGACAUUGUUCUAUACUCAGAAGCUUUCCCCAGUUCUCUGAUUUGUGGAUUUGGAUGAGCUGUAAGAGCUAGAAAUGUUGCCAUCCCAAAACAGUCUGUGUAUGAAAUGAUUGAUGGUUGAUGGUUGUUGCAAAUUAAGGUUAUUGUAUAUUUGCUGUUGAACAAGCAAAUGUUCUAGGACCAACAUAUAAUAGUGGCAUCUGUGGUUUGUUAAACACUGUUGGAUCUCUGAGCAUCCAAGAGUAUGAUGUAGUAAGGGUAUGUGAAAAGAAUAUGUAUCUCAGCAUGUCCAUUAAAUAUUGGCCAAGAACCAUCACUUGCUUUCAGAUGCACAUGGCACAAUGUAGGGAAGGAAUAGGUAGCUGGCAAAGCUGAAUUUAAAUACACUGCAACUUAAACCCACUGCAAUAAUAUAUAAUAAUAAUAAUUAUUGUAGUUAAAACCUUCUGUAACUAACUUUGUAAACACUGAUUAGUGUGUAUCUAUAUAUUUUUUGGAGUUAGUUUGAGCAGCUAUUGCCUCUAUUUUUAUUCAAUCCUCUCUGUUUAGUUAUAUUGUGAGAGAGUAGCUAGGGAGGCAGACACAGCAUGAUUCUGUCAACUUAGCUCCUCUCCCAACAUAUCACAACUGGGAGAGAAGCUGAAUUUAUGGCAGCAGCUGCAAAUAAAAGCCAAAGCUUGGGAUUGUAUCACAUGCCAAAAUCUAGCAGACUGGGACCGGUAUACCCCUGUUCUUCCGUAAGUUUAAAUGAGCCAAAGUGAGACAUUACUUAAAAAUAUAAACCUCGCCAUGAGUAAGUAGUUAGUUGGGUUUAUUUGGAAUGCUACCAGGGUUGCUGAUAGGUGGAAAACAGAGGUUUCAGUCAACAGUAGUCCCUCUAGAUAUGUUUGAUUAGAAACUCUGCUUCUUAUAUAUUAAUUUAUUACAUAAUUGCAUCGUUUUAUCAAGAGUAGUUGAAUAAUCUGUCCUUGGAGAUUUUGUUUUUCCUUUGUCAGUAUUACAUAUUGUAAUAUGGAGAUAUAAAUCUUACCUCCAAUUGCAAUUUUUUGUAGAUAAAAAUGAAAGGGUGCCAUAAUCAGUCCUGAAGCCUCAACAUGGGGCUCCAGCCCAGAGCAGCCUCCCUAAUAUCACCCCCUAAUGCUCCUGUAAUAAGAAGAUGCACGUAAGUUUGUAAUUGCAAGAAGCAACACAAAUCAUGCUGGUACAAGUAACUCUGGUCAAUAUUGCUUCCCCGCUGUUCUCAAAUCAAGGAUUUGCUUUGUCAUUACAAGUAACUAAGAAUUAUUUCCUAGUGAUAGCAGAUCAUACUGAUAUCAGGCCAGUGGCACAAUAAAUUCAAUCAGGUGAUUACUCGGAUGCAUGUGCUUGAUCUACUCCAAGGGCAGACUCUGGGCAUUUCAAUUUCAACACCAGAAAAAGGAAAUGAAAUGACACAAUGUACCUAUUCCAGAGGAAGACCUGCAGUGCUCUUACAGUGCCCAAAAGCUUUAGCUGCUGAACGUAAAGGGCAGCCAAAAUCUGAUAAUUGAUUGAAAAAACUAUUUUUUGCUUUAAAAAAAAUACUAUAAAACUGUAAGCAUGCUGUUGUAUCAAAUCAUUUUCUAUUAAAUAAUUAAACAAAUAGGUCUGAUAUUUCAUCUGCAAAUGUAUCACUUCUGUAUGAGAUAAGCAGAUACAUUUGUGUAGGAUAGUAAUUAACAGAGUGGGAUUUUUUAAGGGAAGUACAAUUUAGAGAAUUAGUGUUUUUCAUUUUAUUUGGAAUGAUUUAUCCAUAUGUAAUUUCAGCUAGUGAAAAGAAGAAUAUGUAAUCACAUGGCAUUAAAUAUACUUAAAGUGGCUCUGUCACCCCACCUCCCUCCUAAGUGAGUAUUUUCUAAAGAUAAAAUCUUUGUCAAAUACAUUGACUUUGUUGGAAUAACCACUAGAGACUACUUUAUUUUAGUAUAUUCUCGAAGCUUGACAAAAGCUACAGCCAUCAAGUUUUGUCAUUUCCCGCACCGGCCAUUAAUGACAGCUUUGGGGGAAAAGGCUCUGUCUAUGGAGGAUCCCGCAGUCUUGUGUGAUCUUCUUUAGACUUCAAUGUAAAACACUGAGGUUGCAUAUGCCAGAGUAUAACACAGUUAUGGACUCCUGUAAAAUGAAGCAUUUGGGCAGGCAGGAAGAUCAUGACAGCGGCCACGAGGGACAGGUUCAGGUAAAUUAAACUCACCUCCCCCUGUGCCAGAUGACCCAUGGAAAACAGUCACCAUCAGGGGGCUUUGCAAAAUAUGCAAAUACCUAAGAUAGUGACAGAGUCACUUUAAUAUCCUCAAUAGCAUUAUAUGAUGGUCUAUUUAGUUAAAUAAUAUUCAGUUUGUUACAUAAAAAAGAUUGACAUGUUUAAUUAAUUUAAAUUAUUCCCUGUGAAUAGUUAUUACCCAACUGAAUUGGGCUUAUCUCAUUAACCUUGGAAGGAGGAAAAGCUUAGUUAAUCCAGUGAGAAUAGAACUUGACCCUAUGGGUUGAAAUCUAACUUUAAAAUGUUAGUCCAAGCACCAGAAUAAUUACAGCUCUAUUUAAAUCUGGUUUGUUUUUGUUUUUUUUGGGGGGGGGGGAGUUGGAUCUAAAUGCAAUUCAAGUUUCCACAGCCCAAAAUUAAUGUCUUAAUGCAUACCAAGUAAACGUGAUGUAAAUCUUUAACCAGAUUUCCACCUUUUCUGUCAUGGAAUUUUUCCCAACAUGGAAAACUCCGGAGAGCUUUCAAUGUUAUUUAAUGUAGUCGUUUUGGUGCAACAACCCUGUCUAGGCAGCCAGAUAAAUCGAAACAUUGUCAUUUGUGAAAAGCGUCAAUGCUCCCGUGUGUCAGCUAAAAUGCUUCUAAUGGAGUUGCAAAAAAAAAAAAAAACAAAGGCCUUUAUGGCAGGAUGGUUCGAAUCAACUAAUGUUCCAAAUCAAAAUGGAGAACAACAUUAGUAGGUCACAAGGUUGCUAUUCUAAGUCUUUCAUAGAAACAUAGAAUGUGACGGCAGAUAAGAAACAUUCGGCCCAUCUAGUCUGCCCAAUUUUCUAAAUACUUUCAUUAGUCCCUGUCCUUAUCUUAUAGUUAGGAUAGCCUUAUGCCUAUCCCACGCAUGCUUAAACUCCUUUACUGUGUUAACCUCUACCACUUCAGCUGGAAGGCUAUUCCAUGCAUCCACUACCCUCUCAGUAAAGUAAUACUUCCUGAUAUUAUUUUUAAACCUUUGCCCCUCUAAUUUAAGACUAUGUCCUAUUAAAGGAUGACUGGUUACAAAAAUUAGAGCUGCAACACAAUACUUCGCCUUGCAUUGUUGAAAACCUAGACAUUUAGAGUAGUCCAGACUAUACUUGUGCCUAUUAAUACCUAUGGCAUAUCUCUCUUGGCAAUGGAUGAAUUUGUCUUAUAAGUAAAGAAGUCUUGAGAAUUAGAACAAAUCUUUUUUUAUGUUACACUGUUUCAAUGUAUAAGUUUGUUGUUGUCCAAAUAUAGACAUAAACCUCUGGCAAACUCUCGGGGAAUGGCAAACAUCUCCUGAGAAUGAGCACUUGUAAGAUUUAAAUUAUAACUUUAUUUGAUUUUUGUAUUUGAUGUUUUUAUGUCAAAAUUAAUUUAAAAUCAAUAAAAUAUUUGAAGACAAAGAAAAAAAGAACUCUUCUUGUGGUUGUAAAUAAGACACCCUCUAGAGUCACCUUCUAACACAGGUUUUCAAUAAUUGAGAAGCAUUUAACUGGGUGAGCACAGAGAUUGCUGCACAUGCACGAUAGGCCCUCAUCAAAUUAUCAGAAAAUGUCAUCACAGGAGGAGUGGCUGCAGCUGGGAGACUGCGUUGAACUACAAGUACGUUUACAGGCUUUUUUUUAUAUAUAUCUAUAGUUUUAUUCUACAAUGGAGAAUAUGUAUUCUAAUUAAGAAACACACUAACGUUAAAAAUGAAUAUAUACAUUUUUAAUGCUGGAGUGUUCCUUUAAUCGAGAAUCAAGGCUCCUAAUGUGAUUAGUACCCAAGACAACCAGAGCUUACAUUUGUAAAUGUCCAAGGUCUAAUUCCUAAGUAUUCAACCACAGUAAUAUAUCACAAUUAUUUCAAGCCCACCUGUGAUUUUGUGAAUAAAGCCAAACCGGGCCCAUUUCACGAACUGCACCUGCAUUAUCAUUAUUUUUGUUAUUAUUUUUAUUAUAAUUUUUUAUAAAGCGCCAACACAUUCGAGGACACUGUACAAUGGGUGGACUAACAGACAAGUAUUGGUAACAAGACAAGCUGGAGGCACAGGAACACCAUUAGCUCUUAUGUUAAUCCAGCCCAGAAUGGGGUACAAAGAAAAGAAAAACACUGGACCGCAUACAAUCUAAGAAUCUCUUUCUCAGAACCACCUACUUCCUACUAUAUUGUCACGAUUCAUUAUUUGGCAAUGGGCAAUAAUCCAGUUUUGCUAAUAGACUUCUGGACCCUGCAGGAGCCUCCUGUACUGUACAUGAUUACAGUUCAAUUUACAUAGCUGGAGACAAAAACCUCUAAAGCACGUUAACAUCUGAAUUAAAGUAAACCAGGUGUGAGGUGUGACUAGGGUUACAUGAGCAGAAACAAAAGUAAUUCAGUUAAAAAUCGAUAAACACAAUAUCUUAAAGAAAUAACAUUUGUGCAUAUAAAAUAUAUUGUUGUAUUUUGAUCUCCUUAUUAUGCAAUCUUAUUAAUUCAGCAUAUUGGCCAGAAUCUCUUUUAUUUUGUCAUUUUCCCAAGCAAUUAUUAAGCACUCAAUUGCCCCAAAAAUUUAACAUGGUCCAUAUUGUCACACAGCUCCAAUAGGUUUUCACAUUACCCUAUGUACAUAUCUAUUUCUCUAUAUUUUGUUGUACACCUAGUAUACAAUGUUGCUAUUUGUUUGAUGUAUAUUGCCUCCUACGUUUUGACAUCUCCCACAUGUUGUUAGAUUUCCUUGUAUAUACUGCUCCAUUGGUGUUUGCAUUCUUUUCACUUGUAAUAUUUUUAUUAUAGGCAUAGAAAUACUAUCUAAAUUAAUUUGAUGUUAUUAUGAGCUAUGAAAUCAUAGAUUUUAUUUUCUCUUGUCAGAACUAAUUAUAUGUUUCUAUCUGAUGUCUAUAAAUGGAAGAAAUCCACAUAAGCUAGCAAGCAGUAUUAACUGUAAUUACACCAUAUUAUAUACACUUAAUGCUGUUCUGAAAACUACAUUUGUACCCACAACCAUGCAAUUUAUAAUGCUUAGUGUUUACAUCUGAGCUGAUAUUAUUGCAAAAUCUUGUUUCUGAUUAUUGCAGUGGUGGUACUACCAGGGUCACAAGGCCGCGAGUACGAGCGGGGACCCAGGGAGCAAAUAAUUUUCUAGAGCGUGUCCUAGUUAUACACAGUUAGGAUUUAACAAAUUCAGGUUUUCCUCAUAAGGUAGCGUGCAGACUUUUUAAGGAAAUUUCCUGGUGGUACACCUGAGCUGAGCAUGUCCAGGGUAAUGCCUGCUAUUAAUCUCUCUGGGGGCCACGGGCAGCAAUUAGAGCUCAUCCUAAGUAAGUGACAGCCUUGCGAACCUCAAAGGAGAAGCUGUGUAGGAAGGUUCAUCCAUGGCUGAGUAAACAUGAGGUAAGAAGUUAUCAGGGAACGUGAGCAUAGUCACAUGAUAUGGGCAAAAGCAUAUGAAGGCUGGAGGUCUAGCAAAUAUUAGACGGCUAAAUGAUCUGAGCCUAAUGAGCAAGGGUUAUACAAGAAUAGAAAUAGAAAGGGAAAACAGGAAAAAGAGAGAUGACUUAGAAAGAGACAUGAGAACAGAGUUGACAGGGAAAAGGCAGUGAGAGCUGUGAACAGAAGGACAUUCACCUAAUAUAAUUAGAAUGCAGGCUCAAUACAAACUUCAUUCACACACAUUUAAGCCUAUGCACAAAUAUAACCUUACACAGACAUACACACAUACACACACUUACCUUCCUAACAAAUACACCUUUGUAGUCGCACACAGUACAAAUCCACCUCUGUAUUCAAACAUACAAUGAUGUGCAUGGGAUACAAAUACAUCCCUGCAUUCACACACUCUAACACUUAGCACAACUACAUACAUACAUUCACACACUCAAAUAGGGUGUUUCACUAAAUUGAAAUCCAAAUGGCAACUUUAACUAUGGCUGAGUUGGAGAAUGUUUUCAGAUCAUCUUCUUUGGCCUGAAUUUUUCCCAUUUUGAAUUCGAUAGAGUUCUGAGUUUAGUGAAUACAUCUCUGAAUAAAGGUCUAGUGAAUACACCUUUCUGUGUAUACACAUUAACAAUUCACACAACAUUACACCAGCAUUCACAUACACACAAUGACACUCCACACAAAUACACACAGACAGCAUAUUUACAUAUUGCUACACACAAAUAUACACAUAUGCACACUAAUAAUAACUGUAAGGAAACCUAGUAUAUCCAAAUCUCAUUCGGUAGUUUCCUUCAGAGCGGCCAGAGUAUCAGUGACUAUAACUCUCCGUUCGGCAGAUAAAAUAAAUGAUUUCCAUACGAAUGCAAUAGCUUUACCAGACGAUUCCCUUAGUAAAGCACACGAAUACCCAAACAUCAGCCGGAGUCUAGAAGAAGGGUGCAACAGAACUGAGCUUUAUUGUGCCACACUGGCUUUUAUACAAGUGCCCAUUCAAGGGGACAUCCCACAGGGAGGGACAUGGUACAGCCAAUCAUAACAAGAAAAAUAGUUAUACACUCCCAUUGCAAACAUACAAUUCCCUCGCUUGGACCUGGAGAUAAUUAAGGCAGAUAACAUAAUAACUUCAUUAUCUCCAGGCAGAAAAAGUACAGUUUUACCCAACUUUCAGAACACCCCUAAAAACAUGGGGUAUCCCCUGAUAGUCCUGAUCUGGGUGACCAACAUAUCCAAAAAUCACCCAGAUCAGUUCAGGGGUUCUUAAAUUCCAUGGAGGUCUUAGGUGACCGGCUUACCACGAGACUGUUGCCCAAAACAGUUCCAUGAGUUUGGGUGGUUUUGCCGGUCUAUUUCGUGAAGUUGAAAUAAACGAAUAAUCCCACGAACGGUUUCCCCUGGCUCCUAGCAGCGAUUGUUCCCCUCAUCCGAAUGCACAAAAGUACCGCGGUCUCCUAGCUGUUCGGGAAACAAAGAUCCAGCAUUCGUAUGUUGGGACCUGUGUUCGGGAAGUCAAGUGUCCGAUUUUAGUUCCACACACUCAACAACCAAGUCCCGCUGCCUUUGUUUGCACAAACAAAAUGGCCACCAUUUUCUCAGCCACGUGGCGCACACGCAGAGGGUUUAAUUGAAGGAUGCUUUUGAAGUUAACAAACCAGUGGGGUUGUCUCUGUUCGAUAGUUACAUCUACGGAAUGAAAAGGGGAGAAAUAACAAAUACAAAGAGGGAUUUCUUCACAAUAACACUAGGAGGUACAAACUUGUAUUUAUGUUGCCACAGUAUACACCAUAAAACUCAGGCAUUCAGUCUGAAAAUACAUAAAUACCACAUACAGAUCUACACCUGCUUUCACAUAUACCUCACUAACGUAUACCCUGCAUUUGCAAAUACCCACAUUGUAUACAGUUAUGCAGCGCUCACAGAUGCAAACAUGAAUUUAUUAAAAAAUGAAUUCCAAUAAAUUAAAUAUUGAAUUGCAAAACUAGACAUUUUUUCCAAUUCUGCUUUUUGUUCUACAAUCUUAAAUUUAGUUUUCAAUUGAUAACGCCUUGGGUUUGGUUGACUUGUGAUAUAUAGUGUAGAGUGUUUAUAUUUGUCUGUAUGGAACUAUGUAGUUUGUUGUAUGCUACAUAAGUAUUUUAAUACUUUACUGAUUCUUGGACUCGGGUCAAUUCGUUUCUCGUAUUAUUUUAUCAGAUAAAGUGGAAUGCAAGAUAUGCGUGUUUUUUAUGAUGACAAAGGGAAGCGGAUGUCUACUUGCAUAACCCUUUAAGCCUUGUGGAUAAAUGGUUAAAAUGCACUCUAUUUGACAGAUCUUUUGUUUUCUGUUAUGUGCAUGAAGGAUUGUUGCAAAGCCGAGAGGUUUUAUCAACCAGUCAAACAUGACCCUCAUUUUUUUUGAUGUGAUAGUCUCUGAGGUCCACUAGACCCUGCAAUAUUUUUUGAUGUUUUUAAUGUCUACAUGUAACUCCUUAUGGACAGAGGUUAUUGUCCAAGCUUUGAAACCGAAGCAAAACCUAGAAUUUGUGCUUUGUGUUAGUCCAACUGGAAUUCAAUGCUUCUGUUUAACUGUCCCCAUAAAUAAAUUAUUAUUGAUUUUUAAAGAAGAGAAAGUGCUUUCUUUUAAUACCCUAUAUGUAUAUCUACCUUACCUUACAAUAAACCCUAACACUACCCUAACACUAGGUCUACCCUAUUCCUAACCAUAAAUAAAAACUCUCUCUGUACUGAUAUUAGCAGAUGAUUUUCCUAGUUAAAACAGUAGAGUAGUGUGUUGCCAUCAUCUACUAGUUGUUUUCAAUAUUCAAGGUUUUCCUGUAUUAUUGAAUCAAGCAAGUAUUCUGUGAGCAGCAAUCCGGGUCCGUUCCGAUCCUGGGGUUCUCCCCAACUCGAUGGUCCCAAGGCCAUCGAGUUGCCAUCAGAUCAAAACUGCAGAACAUUCCAUGGCAUUUAAGCCCCCUUAACAUCGGGAAGGGAUUAAUCAGAGUUGUGCCUUUGUUAGUCAACAUCCCCGGUCCCCCUGUAGACUACCAACUUUUAACACCAUACAAAUGGAAAGUGUGUGACUGUUUAGUUUUACUCCAAACAAAAUGUGGGGUGGGAGGAUUCAUACCCUCAGUAACUAGCCAUAAACUCAUAAAAUAUUCAGAAAAAUUAUUGCAAUAAAAGGGUUAGCAAAGUUUUUAUUUAAUAUUUUCAUUCCAUUGGUACAGCUGAGUGCAAUCAUAAAAAAAUAUGUUGCAACUGUGAAUGCGAAUCACAAAAGUCCUGAUUGUGAUGUUCAGGAACAAUUAUAAAAAAUAAACUCUGCUUGGAGACAUCUGUGCUGAUUUAAACCAUAUUAAUGGAAUGUUGAUCCAGUCAGUGGAUAUUUCAUUUUAGUUUUAUUUAUUAUCUAUUUUUAAAAAAUAUGUAUUUGUGAGGUGUGAAAAAAAUUUGAAUAUAGGAAUCCAUACUGUGUUAUCCUGUAACUGUGCAAAUCCAUCUUAGCUCCCUGUCAAUCAUUGUUAUUUGAGAUGUAAAGUAAACCCUGCAUACAUGUGCUCAUUAUAGAAAAUCCCGAGCCAGUAGCAAACAUUUGAAAAUAUUCCAUUGGUAUAUAUCUGAGAAAGUAAGAUUUGUAGACAAGAAAACAUUGAAAUGUCGCUAGGAAAUGAAAAUAGGUAUUCUUCAAAAAAUCUGUCACUGUCGUCACGUCUCUGCUGUUACAUGUCUGUUACUGUCGGAUUCAUGAUUUCUGAUUGCUUGCUCGAACCUACAGCUAAACGGUGAACACAGGUAACACCUGUAGGAAGAGAUGUGAACAGUGAGUUUCCUGGAAACCGACACUGCACGAACGUCAG